UUUGAAAGCAUGCUUAUCCAGAAAAAUAGCUGAUAUUCAUGUUUUUAUCAUAUGACUUGUUAUAGACAUAUCAAACUCUCUUUUUCUUUGCAGUUACAUUAAUUGUGGUUGCACUUGUUGCGAUCUAACACCAUACUUUGUGUCUGAGUUGUUUUCGAAAACCAAUAUGUUGAAUUUCUUUGGCUCUUGUUUGUUUUUUUGUCUGUUGUUUUCCUUUGCCUUUCGGUUGUUUCGAAAACUGAAAGGUGGUGUAGUUGAGGAAAAUGAAAAACCCAUCUUAGAGUCAGAAAACAACACUCCUCAAGUGAAGUACGAUGCUUUUGUUAGCUUCAGGGGUGAGGACAUUCGUUCAGGGUUUCUUAGCCAUUUGAUUGACACUUUCCAAAGGAAGAAAAUAAAUGCAUUUGUAGAUGAUAAAAAUCUUGAGAAGGGAGAAGAAAUAUGGCCAUCACUUGUUGAAGCAAUUGAAGGGUCAUCCAUUUUGUUGAUCAUAUUCUCAACAGGCUAUGCUUCUUCUCGUUGGUGUUUAGAAGAACUCGUGAAAAUACUUGAAUGCAAAAAGAAACAUGGACGGAUUGUGAUUCCUGUUUUCUACCAUGUAGAACCCUCACAUGUACGACAUCAAUUGGGGAGUUACAAAACUGCGCUUGCUAAGCAUGAAAGAAAACAUAAGACCAAGGUACAACUCUGGAAAAGUGUUUUGAAUAAGUCUGCUGAUUUGUCUGGGAUUGACUCAUCAAAAUUUCAAAAUGAAGCUGAACUGAUUAAAGAAAUUGUCAAUCUUUUGUUGUCAAAGUUGGCUGAACCACACGCUAACUCAAAAGGACUUGUUGGAAUUAAUGAGAAAAUUGCUAUUGUGGAAUCAAUGAUACGCAAACACAAAGAACCAAAAGACGUUUGUCUUAUUGGAAUUUGGGGUAUGGGCGGUAUUGGCAAGACAACUCUCGCUGAAGAAGUAUUUAAUAAGUUACGGUAUGAAUAUGAAGGCUGUUAUUUUUUAGCAAAUGAAAGAGAACAAUCAAGCAAACAUGGAAUACUUCCUUUGAAGAAUGAAAUCUUUUCUGAAUUGUUAGAAGGUGAUGUGAAAAUUAAUACAUUGGACACAUUGCCCGAUGAUAUUGUAAGAAGAAUUGGUCGCAUGAAAGUGUUUAUUGUUCUUGAUGAUGUAAAUGAUUUGGAUCACCUACAAAAUUUACUCGGAACUCUUGAUAAUUUUGGAUCAGGUAGCAGAAUAAUUGUAACUACCAGAGAUGAGCAAGUGCUUAAUGCUAACAAAGCUAAUGAGAUAUAUACGCUUACAGAACUCAGUUCCAGUGAAGCACUUCAGUUUUUCAAUUGGAAUGCCUUUAACAAAAGUGAUCUUCACAAGGAGUACAAUGAGCUAUCAAAAAAGGUGGUCAAUUAUGCCAAAGGUGUUCCAUUAGUGCUUAAAGUUUUAGCUCGUCUUCUUUGUGGAAAAAAUAAGGAAGUAUGGGAAAGUGAAUUAUCCAAACUUGAAAAAAUUCCUCCUACGAAAGUUUACGACAAAAUGAAACUCAGUUUUGAUGAUCUAGAUCGCAAAGAGAAACAAAUUUUUCUAGAUCUUGCAUGUUUCUUUCUCAAAUUGUCUACAAAGAUAAAUGUAGAUAAUCUAAAAUCUUUACUGAAAGAUGAUAAAAGUGAUAAUUCAGUGAUUUUUGGGCUAGAAAGGUUGAAAGACAAAGCUCUGAUAUCUUUCUCAGAGGAUAAUAUUGUGUCUAUGCAUGAUAGUUUACAAGAAAUGGGAUGUGAGAUUGUUCGUCAAGAGUCUAUUGAAGACCCUGGAAGCCGCAGCCGAUUAUGGGAUCCCAAUGACAUUUAUGAAGUACUGAAAAAUGACAAGGUUACUGAGGCCAUUAGAAGCAUACGAAUUCAGUUGACAACAAUUAGGGGACUAAAGUUAAGGCCUCACAUAUUUGCUAAGAUGAGCAUACUAAAAUUUCUGGAAAUUUCAAGCGAAUUAGAUGCAUAUGGUUUCGAAGUUCAACUUGGUGAAGGACCUCUAUUUUUGGCAACUGAAUUAAGAUUUCUUUCUUGGGAUUGUUACCCUCUAAAAUCCUUGCCACAAAACUUUUCUGCCGAAAAACUAGUAAUAUUGAAAUUACAACUGAGCAAAAUGGAAAAACUUUGGGAUGGAGUGAAGAACCUGGUGAGUUUAAAAGGUGUUUACCUCGAGCAUUCUUAUGAGUUAAAGGAGCUGCCAGAUUUAUCUAAAGCCAUAAAUCUUGAAGUAUUGGAUCUCUCUUUUUGUUAUAGAAGGGAUGAUGCAUUUAGCCCUAACACAUGAAGGUUGUGCACUAUCUCUUGGUUAUCAGAAUCCAAAGUGCUUGCAUGGAAUCAAUCAGUUGUACUUGCUGCAGAAACCAUCCCAAAAUUAUCAUAGGUAGUAUCAGAGAAGGAAAAUGGGCAAUAAAAUGCUUAGUAGGAAGUUGAGAGCAAAUAAUUCUAUUUGAUUGCCAGGUUGCAACCACAAAUUAAAGUUGAUCUUUUAUUCACUUUGAGAUUUGUGUGAAAGUAUGUUUUUGAGUCUCUGUAAUAGCUGCACGUGGAGUAUUAUUUGCUUCACUACUUUUUUCAAUUAAAAUAUUCAUGUUAAAACCA